GUCUGAUUCACCUAAAGUUAAUAACGAGUGUCUUAAGGUACGCCAGUCAGAGUGGUGGUUACUUUCACUCUUAAUAGUUUAGGCAGCCGGUCUCGUAGACAACACAGUCCGUUUCACCUGACUCCAGUGUUUACAAAAUGAACAAGUUCUUUUUGUUGCUCGUGUUUUUUGUUCUACAAGCAUCCAUUUUAUUGGACCUACCUAAGGGGGUGACUGCACAAGAACCGGCUUUCGAAUUGCCUGUUGAACUCGUUGGAUUUCCUGUGAUUAUUGUGGCUGUCAGGUUGUCCAACUUCGUUAAGAAAUUGGCGUACUCCCUGAACCCUAAAACGUACGUGGGAGGUCACAGAGCACGUAGGUCAAUCGAGUCCGAGUCCGAUGAGAUGAUCAACAUGAUUGAGGCCGAGAAGAGGCUGGUCUCCGAACUGGGAGAGAACGUCUGCAUUUAUCCCAAAGUUUGUUUACAUCACGCCGAACAGGCAAGGAAAACAGGAAGACAAGAAUUGGACGUUGAUUGGGAUGAGAUUUUCAGCCAUUACAAGAAUUCCAAAGAAAAGCAGAAGGAGUACUACCUGCUCAGUGUCUUUUUAGGAGAUUUCAUAGCUUCGCCAAGAUUCUGUAACCAACUUGUGAAAAGAGGAAGGGUUUGCGAAGAAUAAAGUGCCAUGUGGUAUACUUAAUGAUUCAAUAUGUUCGCUGUUUUAAAAUUCUAGAUGAUUCUAAGGUAUACUUCAAAAAAAUAUUAAGAACGAUUUUUCUAAAAUACAUCUAGAAAUAUUUUUUCUGUAUUGUCUCCUCGAAACUGCAUUCUUGAAACGUGAUUUUUUUUAACCCUUAGAACAUCUGCAUAGCUUAGAAAAUCUGAAAAGUAUGCUGUUAUGUUACAAAUAUUUUUUUUAGCAAUCGUAGGGAAAUACUGAUAGAACAUGUUGAACACAAAGUUCUCAACUAGAAUUGUUAUUGUUGUUAUUGCUCAAUUAAAGCUUAGUUGAUUUUUGGGUUGGUAAGUGAUACUCUCAAAAAACAUUCACAUAGGCAUACAGUGCUUUUAUAUCAUUUUUCAUAUCAUUUUUUAUAUAUACAACGUGGGCCAUUUAAAGUGGAAGCAUCAAGCAACCCUAUAUCUUUGACAUUAGUUGACAGAUUGACUAAUGUCAUACCGCAUUGGAAGCGAAAUUUCAGUACAAUUUUCACCAUGGAACAGUACACACCAAAACAACGUGCUGAAAUUAUUAAGUUGUAUAUUCAAAGAACUUCUCAAUCGUGAAAAGUAAACGUGCGUUUCGUAAAAAAAAUAAAGUUAAAAGUGCUCCAGUUGAUAACACUAUCAGACGUUUAUACGCGAAAUUUGUGAACACCGGUAGUCUUAGUAAUGCCAGUCACCUAUCCAGACAACGAACAAAAUGACGUUCCGAUGAAAAUAUCGAAGUCGUACGAGCCAGUGUUGAAGAGACUCCAUCAACAUCCGGUCGUCAUCGUUCUCAAGAGUUAGGCAUCGCUCGAACCACUCUCCGACCCAUAAUUCGUAAGGAUUUGAAGAUGUUUCCAUACAAAAUUCAAAUGGCUCAUCAACUAAACCCAGCUGAUUAUCCGUGUCGCUUUGUUUUUGCUAAAUGGAGCAUUGAAAUGGCCGAAAAUGAAGAUGACUUUUGGCGAAAAAUCAUCAUGUCCGACGAGGCACAUUUUUCGUUAUAUGGAGGCGUAAGUAAACAAAAUUGUCGGUUUUAUGCUACCGAAAACUCUCAAUGAACCGAACAGCAGCCUCUUUAUUGCCAAAAAAUUACUGUCUGGUGCGGUAUGUGCGCGAAUAUGGUCAUCGGGCCACGAUGGUGGUGGUUUUUUACGCUAAUUGGUCCUUGGACGACUGAUAUCGAAAAAUGGCGAUUUUGACUGGCCACCGAGAUCACCUGAUUUGACGCCACCAGACCUUUAUUUGUGAGCUAUUUGAAAUCCAAGGUAUACGCUAACAAGCCAAGGACUCUAACUGGUACCUCAAGAAUAAUAUUCGUCAAGAAAUUGCCGCCAUAUCCGCCGAAACAUUGGCCAACGUGACGAAAACGCCGAAAAAAGGGCACAUUUGGUCAUAAAGACCAGAGGUGGCCAUUUGCGGGAUAUCAUUUGUGAAAAGUAAUUACAACAAAUCUGGUUGGAUCAAAAUAACAGACUUUUCAAAUGAGCAACAAAGAAUAUUUUUUUAAUGUGUUUUUGUUUUAUAAACAAAUACUUCCACUGUAAAUGGCCUACCCUGUACUAUACUUUAGCGUAAAUGUGGCAGUUGAAAAUUACAAGAUUUUUUAUAUGGAAAAGGAAGUCAUUUCAUAGCUUAUUUUGAAGGUAGUUAAAAGAACUUUUUAACUCGACGACGGACACAAAAUCACUAACUUUCAAUAUCCGAAUACGUAAUAAAAUACGGAAAUUCCGUUUUACAAAAUAGUGACAUCAUACAAACGGUAUGUCCUAUUUUUUAUACGAUAUUCAUGUAGGUAUUGUUGUAAUGCCCAGCUUUAACAGCAUAUCGCUGCCCUAUUUUAAAAAAUAGAAAAAAUAUAAUCUAGGUUUAUACGAUACCCACAAAGGGCUUAAAAAUGAAUUAUCACAUAACCCCUUCAUUCGAAGUCUAGCCAUCAUCUUGAUAUUUUUAAUUUCCACUCUUACGCUGAAAUAUAGUAGUCGUGCACCAAUUUUAUAACUUUUAGUUAAUCCUUCAUGUUUCUCUGGCCAAUCUAAACCACAUGUACUGACAAAAUCUUCUUUAUUGUAAGCGUUUCGGUCACAACGGUCUCAGAAAGAUUUUUUCAACACAUGUAUUUUCGAUUGACCAGAGAAAUAUGGGGAAUUAUCGACAAGCAAGCCACAUGAUAAGUUUCAAAUGUCACAUUAAAUUAACUAGUUCAAAAAGUAAGUGGAAGGGAAAAGCACUGCACAUUUGUAUACUGGUAUUGUAAGAACUUUAUCUGCUACAAGAAGAGAGCUUUCUCAAUGCUUCUGGGCUCUUGACCAGAUGUUAUGAUGAUACUUGCCCCCUUUUAUAGGGGAAUUUUAUGAUGUGACGUUCAAAGCUCACAGUUGGGGGUUACCAAAUAGCCUCAUUUCAUCCAUGUAUUGAAUCAAUGUAAUUUAUUGGUUAGUUGAUAAAAUUAUGUUCGUUUUUAUAAUUUUUUGUACCAAAAGUAAAAUAAAUCUUUACCCUGUUAAAA